AUGCAUUUGAAGCUGUUUUUGGCGCAGGGCACCGUGGAGGCCACCGACACCAUUGACUCCGGUCACGUGCUCUUCGAUCGCGUGCUCUUGUCCCGCAAGAAGGAGGUCAUCGAGGAGUUCCUGCGCGGCGAGGAGGAGGCCAGCGACGCCCUCAUCAACUACCCUAACGACUUCCUACAGAAGCUCGCUCUCUCCCAGCUCAAGGAGUUCGGUAAGCUGGUGCUUUACCGCUCGGUAGCCACCGUCUACCUCGGGGAGGUCUGCAACGAACUCUACCACGGCUACGGAUUGCUGCUUUACCGAGGCGAACAGAUGCGCUUCUAUGAAGGGUACUUUCAGAACAACUGCAAGUACGGCUACGGACUGGAGUACAUCGGCGGAGACAUCUACGUGGGAAAGUUCGUGAACAACAAGCCUGAAGACAGCAACGGACUGUUUUUUUGGGCAAAUCAGGACGUCUACCACGGUUGCUUCGUCAAUGGCAUGAAGCAUGGACAGGGCAAGUGGCAGUCUGGCGAUGAAUUCUACUCGGGUUCCUGGAAAUACAACAAGCCAGAGGGCGAGGGCUUCAUCCGCUCCGCCCUCUCCGAGUACAAGGGCGACAUUAAGAACGGCUACAAGCACGGCAAGGGCAUUGAGCUAUUCAACAACGGCGACAGGUACGAGGGACACUACUCCAACGGCAAGCCUGAAGGCAAUGGCGCUUACUUCUGGAGCAACGGAUCAGUCUACAGGGGAGAAUUCAAAAACGGACUUCGUUUCGGCUACGGAGUGUGGCAGUUCGGAACAGAAAAGUACGAAGGAACCUACAUCAACGACAAACGUAACGGAGAGGGAAAGUAUACGUGGGGAGGAGGCAGCUACUACGUGGGAAGCUUCGUGGAGGAUCUUAGGCAUGGCUUCGGAGAAAUGCACUGGGACACUGAAUCCUUCUACAAGGGUGAGUGGUUCGAGGGCAGUCAGAACGGGGAGGGAGAGGUGUGGGAGGGAGGAAAAAUGGUUGAAAAAGGCUACUACGAAAACGGAAAAAUCAAAAUUCCAGUCACCAAAGAGGAGGGAGAGAGGAGGCUGCUCCCCUUGCAUACACUGAACAAGAAGGCUAUCAGCCAGGUGGGCCAGCAGAGCCACAGCGACAGGAAGCGCUUCAACUCCUUUCAGCCAAACAAGGAAAGCGUAAAGCUGGAGAAGCUGAAGGGACAGCGGACGACUAAUCAGCUCAACCGUCCCGCCCUCAACGAGAAGCGCGAGCACAUCAAGUAG